CGAACUUUGGUCGCGUUCCUCCACAAUCUGUUCAACUCGUCCGCACGGACGACAGCACGGACGUGAAGUUGUUAGCGUUCUGCCUAUCUCACUUUCUUCAGGUCUUUUGCAAUGUCUACGCUGGCUCUUCUAUCCGAAAUCCUUAGACAACCGAUGGGCCCUUUCCGUGAUCGCUGGUUUCUCACUGCGGAUUGCUUCAGUCAUCAAAAGUCUAAAAUGCUCACUCUCCAAGACUUUAUGCUAGCCCACAACGACGAGAUUACAGGCCUUGACUUCUCGGAGGAUCCUGAACGAGAUGAAGGCCAGAUCCUCUUUCGAGGGGUGCUAUGUAUCGAGUCACUUUCCUGGCUGACUGCACCUGGUAUAACUCGGGUGCAGGCAGAGCUUGAAUACCGCUUGCAGCAACGUGUCGUGCGUGAAGGAGAACGUCAUUAUAGGAAUUUACAACUCAUAGAUCUGUUCGACGAAACGACUGGGUUUUUGGGCACUGGUCCUACCAGGAUGACCGGUAACCGCCGCGCUGCUCAAGAGGCAGGCCUAAAGCUCAAGGUACGGAUCCAAGGCGUAAAGGGCAUGCCAGCGGUCUAUAUGAUUUCUGACGAUGCUCCGAGAAGACUGCUCUGGAAUUCAGAAGAUAGGCUUCGCAGAUAUGUCGUUUCCUCCAUGGAAAAGUUCACAUUAAAACAGUCUGGCAACUAUCUCCUGCGUUACCGACUACUUGCCGGGAUGGCUCAGAUUGUCAAAACCAGCCCGAAGAUGCCCCCUUCAAAGCGAACGCUCGGGUGGUUCGUAGAUCAAUACAUCCAGCAACUUGCUUUCACGUAUGUCGAGCAGGGUAGACGACUCAUCUUCGACCCUGAUACUCCUGGCAUCCUCGAUGAAUCGGGUGCAACUGUAACGCCUCGGCAUCGUCGUCGCACUGAUCCUAGUCUUAUACGGGUGUUAUUCGCAACGCAUGGAGACUGGCUUUUGGCUGAGGACGUUGUCAAGAGGAAGAGUUUCUUCGACCCUAAGGUCUGGGAGAAGGAUCUGAACAAGCUGAAGGAGUCGCUCCGAAGGUCGAAUAUCACCUGGGGAUGGGCAUUUGGAACACCACCUGAACACGAGGGAAGGGCCGAUGCGAUGACGACUAUCAGGGCUGUUGUAGGCAAAAGCAAACAGCAGGUGGAGCGUGUGCUUGCGAAUGCGCGGCAGAGGCCACAGAGACCAGCGUCUCCGACUCGGUACGACUCCUCGCCGGCGUCUUCUGACGAUGAGGUGGAUAACAAGUAUGACUCUGAUUUCUCUGGUGAUACAUCUUCGGAAGAGACAGACUCGGAAGAUGGGCCCGAUGAACCGUUUGCUCUCACGCCGGAACAAAGGGCAAAGAUCCCGAAGGCACUACUGCAACGGCCCGAGCCUCCUGGUGGUGAUGGGCUUUGGCGGUGUCCUGUGCCAGAUUGCGAGUUUGAGCUUAACAUGCUCAACCUUACUAGGGAGAAUGUUAGGAACCUCGAUCAAGAAGUUAUCCACUACCUCAUGGCUCCCACUCGUAAGUGGGGUAGUAUCCGCGGAGAUCCAAUUGUCUUGGAGGGUUUCGAGUGCAUGGUCGAUGAGCACUAUGACGAUCAUCUUCACCGACUAGGCAUACAUCUACGUCGUGUUCGCUAACUACGACUUACCAUAGUCAGAGAGAUAUAGAGUGAGUUGAUUGUAGAUUAGCAUCA